UUUUUCUCAUUCUUUUGCUGUCUCUUGGCUGGUGUCCUGGACACAGCUCUCUCUGCCUAGUGGGAGUUCAGCUCUGUCUUGCAACCCACAGUGUCCCAGCGGAGUCAGGAAGAAACGCCCAGGGCUUCCCCUCUGAGGGACCCCUGGAAAAGGCCUCUCCCCUGGUCCUGCCCUCCACCCAGCCUCUCCGCCCCACCUUGCCUGCCAAAGUACCAGGCACGGCAGCUGAGCCAGGAAACAGGAGACGCCGCUAGUCAAUUUCCCUCCCCCUUCCCGCUCUGUCCAAGCUUCAUAGUUCCAGAACCCCAGCCAACUCCCUGAUAAGGGCUGGGCGGGUUUGGGGGGAGGGCACAGGGAGUGCCAGCCUGUUGGCCUGUGACCCAGUCCCUCACAAGUCACUCAGUCAGCAAAACCACUUCUGAGGAGACAUUAAUUCCCUGGCUUCCUUUAGAAAGUUGUUCUUUCCAUCCUCACGACGACGCAAGGAAGAGAACCGGGCACCUGGCUGGGGCAUUCCUGGAGAAGUACGGAUAUCUCGAUGAACAGGCCUCCAGAGCUCCCACGUCCACGCAAUUCAGCAGUGCCAUCAGGGAGUUCCAGUGGGUGUCCCAGCUGCCGGUCAGUGGCGUGCUGGACCCUGCCACCCUGCGCCAGAUGAUGCGGCCCCGAUGUGGGGUUGCGGAUACAGACAGUCAGGUGGCCUGGACUGAGAGGGUCAGUGCCCGGUUUGCUGGACACCGGGGCAAAAUGAGGCGUAAGAAACGCUUCGCAAAGCAAGGCAACAAGUGGUACAAGCAGCACCUCUCCUACCGCCUGGUGAACUGGCCCCAGCACCUGCCCGAGCCGGCCGUUCGGGGGGCCGUGCGCGCCGCCUUCCAACUGUGGAGCAACGUCUCGGCGCUGGAGUUCUGGGAGGCCCCCGCCACAGGCCCGGCUGACAUCCGCCUCACCUUCUUCCAAGGGGACCACAAUGACGGGCUGGGCAAUGCCUUUGAUGGGCCAGGGGGCGCCCUGGCGCACGCCUUCCUGCCGCGCCGCGGCGAAGCGCACUUCGACCGGGACGAGCGCUGGUCCCUGAGCCGCCGGCGCGGGCGCAAUCUGUUCGUGGUGCUGGCGCACGAGAUUGGCCACACGCUGGGCCUGAGCCACUCGCCCGCGCCGCGCGCGCUCAUGGCGCCCUACUACAAGAAGCUGGGCCGCGACGCGCUGCUCAGCUGGGACGACGUGCUGGCCGUGCAGAGCCUGUAUGGGAAGCCCCAGGGGGGCUCAGUGGCCAUCCAGCUCCCAGGAAAGCUGUUCACUGACUUUGAGGCCUGGGACCCCCACAGAGCCCAGGGGAGGCGCCCUGAAACCCAGGGUCCUAAAUAUUGCCACUCUUCCUUCGAUGCCAUCACUGUAGGUAAGAUGGUCCCACCAGUGCCUCACUUCCUUCUUCCCUCCUCCCCCACCUCUCCAGGGGUCUCCAGAGCUGGCAUACAAGACGGGCAGCAGAGACUGUACAUUUUCCAAGGGAGCCACUUCUGGGAGGUGACAGCUGAUGGCAAUGUCUCCGAGCCCCGUCCACUACAGGAAAGGUGGGCCGGGCUGCCCCCAUACAUUGAGGCUGCUGCGGUGUCAUUGGAGGAUGGAGACUUCUACUUCUUCAAAGGGAAUCGAUGCUGGAGGUUCCAGGGCCCCAAGCCAGCGUGGGGGUCGCCACAGCUGUGCCGGGCAGGCGGCCUGCCCCGACACCCCGAUGCUGCCCUCUUCUUCCCUCCCCUGGGCCGCCUCGUCCUCUUCAAGGGUGCCCGCUACUACGUGCUGGCCCGAGGGGGACUGCAGGUGGAGCCGUACUACCCCCGAGGCCUGCAGGACUGGGGCGGGGUCCCUGAGGAGGUCAGCGGCGCCCUGCCCCGGCCCGACGGCUCCAUCAUCUUCUUCCGAGAUGACCGCUACUGGCGCCUGGACCAGGCUAAACUGCAGGCCACCGCCUCGGGGCCCUGGGCCACGGAGCUGCCCUGGAUGGGCUGCUGGCACGCCAACUCGGGGGGCGCUCUGUUCUGAAGGCACCUCCACCUCUUAGUGAACUGUUGGUGGCCCACUCGUGGCCCACUGUGUUCCCUGCCCCAGGGGCAGAAGCUGUCUUGAAAGCUCUGAGCUCCCCUGCAGAAGACGCAGCAGGGAAGUUUGUCUGCAACUGUUCCCUGGAGAACGUGGCUUUGUCUUUCUGCUGUCCCCACCACAUGGAGGUGGGGCCGGGAUCAAUCCAAGGAGAAGCCAAAAAGGUCCCAAGACCCCAUGACCCUCUCCCCUAAGACUCUUUCCUCCUCAAGCCUGGGGCAUUGUUUCUUCUGCUAAAGGUGCAGCUCUGUCUAUGAGGCAGUGGACAACCAGGGAGGACGCAAAACUCAACAGAGAGGUUGGGACCCCUUUGCGAGACCGUCCCCUUCCCCUAGGACCUCCUGGCUCAGUCCUUGGAGAACUGUGUCUUAUUUAAUCAGAGGCCCCACCCCCAGGAAACCUGCAUGGGUUGAGUACAAGGGUCACCAACCUCAGAGGCCCUGCAGGGGGUCAGGACCAGAGCAAGAGGGAGACGGAUGCAGGCAGGCCUGCUGGGCCUGGACUUUUUGUGGGGGGCUGGAAUAAAGAGGUGCCCCCAGCUGGUGGACCUGGAGGUGCCAAUCAGCCUUC